AUGGUGAUUUUCGCGCACCAUCACGUGGUCAUGGACGCCCUACAGGCUGCUGUCUACCGCAUCGCUGCUGCCAGCAUUCUGAGGGGCGCUGAGGGAGAGAAGGGGAAUGGCAUGGAUGUGGAGGGAGGGGCGGCUGAAGAGUUUGGCAGGGCGGAGGAAAGUGAGGGAGCUGAGAGGAGAGGGGCAGAUGAGGAGGGGGAGGGGAAUGGGAUGGCAGGAGAGGGAGGGGAAAAGGAAGGAGUGGAGGAGAUUGGAGAUGGGGAUGAGGGGAGGGGGAGAAGGAGGUCUGGCAACUCUGCCGAACCUGCGGACCAUACCGAACCUGCUGCCGGACCUGGCAAGCCUGCCAAAGCUGCUAUGCAGUUUGAGUUGGUUCGGGUGGACGGCACCACGCCUCCCCUGGGGCGGGCCGAGGCUGUCAAGAGGUUCGCCACCGAGCCUCAGGUCCGGGUGGCCAUAGUGGGCGUGACGGCGGGCGGUGUGGGCUUGGACUUUAGUGCGGCGCAGACGAUUGUGUUUGCGGAGAUCCCGAGGGCGGCAGCUGAUUUGCUACAAGCAGAGGACAGGGCACAUAGGAGGGGGCAGAGGUUUCCUGUCAACGUGGCCGUGUUCUGUGCCAAGGUGAGGCUGGUGCAUGGAACCCUAAUUCGUGAGACUGCUCCUGCUUCCCUAAUUAAUAGCAAGAAGGAAGGUUCCUCUGCAGCUUCCCCCCAGCUCGUGGAUUCAGAGGAUCGCAUGCCGCCAAUCCUGCGGCGACACGUGGCGCUCCGAGAGGCGGCCAGGUCAUUCGUCAGCGAGUGGGGGGCGCUGAAGCCGCAGCACCGGAGGAAGCUUCUUGGAAGGAUCCUGGCUCUUCCUGUAGCAGAGGAGCUGGAGCGAGUGCUGUUCCCCCUCCCCUUCAGUGACGUCAUGGUGAGCCUCAGUGACGUCAUGAUCUGCCGAACUAGUGCAGCAAGAGCACCAACAGUACCCCGCCAUCUCUUCUGCUCCGACUCCUGCUUUUCCACCUACCUCUCGCGCACCUCCCUCUCCUUCCUGCGCCAGGUAAGUUCCCUCCGCUUCUCUCCCUCCCUUUGUUUUUUCAUGAGUUGCCAUCGUCCCCACUCCACCUACCUCUCUCGCGCCUCCCUCUCCUUCCUACGCCAGGUAUAA